AUGCCUCCAAAGACUUCAGGUAAAGCUGCCAAAAAAGCCGGUAAGGCUAAAGCCGUCAGAGCUGGCGACAAGAAAAGGAGACGUAAGCGAAAGGAAAGCUACAGCAUCUACAUCUACAAGGUGUUGAAGCAAGUUCACCCAGACACUGGUAUCUCCAGCAGAGCCAUGGGAAUCAUGAACAGCUUCGUCAACGAUAUAUUCGAACGUAUUGCCGGUGAAGCAUCUCGUCUUGCUCACUACAACAAGAAAUCUACCAUCACCAGUAGGGAAGUCCAGACCGCUGUCCGUCUCUUGCUGCCCGGUGAAUUGGCCAAGCAUGCCGUCUCUGAAGGCACCAAGGCUGUCACAAAAUACACCAGCUCCAAGUAAACCUUGUCCAGUUUAAAACCAAACGGCUCUUUUCAGAGCCACCCUAAAUGUUCAAAAGAGAUUUGUUGGUAUUCGUCUGUUUAAAAUGUUCAACUUGUACCGUACCUAAUAAAACAUACAUCAUUCAUUAUACAAAAUUCUAAUAACACGGGGUUACAUAACUUUACAAAUGUAUUGUAUUGUAUUUCGACAUUAGGAAUGAUGCGCUACAUUCUAUUUGUGGGUUGCAUUCUCGUAGGAAGGUACUACAGUUUCUUGAGUAAUAAUUUGAUU